ACUAGACCUACCAAAAAUAUCUUGGACGUUCAUAUUCCUUAAGCCAUGAGGAACUGCAAGCUUACACCGUGCGUCUUGGUAGCAUUGCUACUAGUUGGAGUUCUUCACCUGGAAGCAGCCAUGGCCACGGACUUCACCUAUGGCGAGGCUCUUGACAAGAGCUUGAUGUUUUUCGAGGCACAGAGGUCAGGGAAACUGCCCUCAGACCAGCGAGUCAAAUGGCGCAGCGACUCGGGACUCACGGACGGCGUUGCUCAAGGGGUGAACUUGGUUGGAGGGUAUUAUGAUGCAGGGGAUCAUGUGAAAUUUGGACUGCCGAUGGCAUUUACAGUGACAAUGCUUUCAUGGGGAGCUAUUGAGUUCAGGAAGGAAAUCACAGAUUUAGCCCAAAUGGGUGAAACCUUAUGGGCCAUCCGAUGGGGCACUGACUAUUUCAUGAAAGCACAUCCACAACCUAAUGUUCUCUGGGGACAGGUAGGAGAUGGGGAUUCGGAUCACUAUUGCUGGGAGCGUCCAGAAGACAUGACAACUCCAAGAACUGCGUACAAGAUUGAUGAAAAUCAUCCUGGUUCAGACCUUGCUGGAGAAACUGCAGCUGCCUUGGCAUCAGCUGCCAUAGCUUUCCAGCCUUACAACUCUUCCUACUCUGCUCUCCUCUUAGUUCAUGCAAAACAGCUCUUCACGUUUGCGGAUAGAUUCAGAGGUCUAUAUGAUGAGUCCAUUGGGUCUGCUAAGAACUUCUAUACUUCAUCAGGCUACUCGGAUGAGCUACUAUGGGCUGCUGCAUGGCUUUACCAAGCAACGAACGAAGAGUACUACCUCAAGUAUGUGGUGGACAACGCCGUGUAUAUGGGAGGAACUGGAUGGGCUGUCAAAGAAUUCUCUUGGGACAACAAGUAUGCUGGUGUCCAAAUCCUUCUCUCCAAGGUGUUGUUGGAGGGCAAAGGCGGUGCUUAUACUUCCACCCUCAAGCAAUAUCAGGCCAAAGCAGAUUACUUUGCCUGCGCUUGUCUCCAAAAAAAUGAAGGCUACAAUGUCCUCAAAACUCCCGGGGGUCUUUUGUACGUGCGUGAAUGGAACAACUUGCAGUAUGUGACUUCUGCAUCAUUUCUUCUAGCUGUUUAUUCUGAAUAUCUCUCUGCUGCAAAUGCCAAGCUCACUUGCCCGGAAGGACAAAUUCAACCUCAAGAGCUUCUGAAUUUUGCAAAGUCACAGGCAGACUACAUACUUGGUAAAAACCCCCAGUCAAUGAGCUAUAUAGUUGGGUUUGGCUCGAAAUAUCCAGUUCAUGUGCACCACAGAGGUGCUUCCAUUCCUGCUGUGUCUGUCCUGCAGUCUCUGGUUGGAUGUGUGCAAGGAUUUGAGACAUGGUAUCAUCGCCCCGAGGCGAAUCCUAAUGUCAUCUAUGGCGCCCUUGUGGGAGGUCCUGACCAGAAUGACAACUUCUCCGACGACCGCUCCUCUUACGAAGAGACUGAGCCUACACUUUCUGGCUCUGGUCCCCUUAUUGGCCUCUUCUCUAAGUUGCAGAGUUUAAAUGGAAUUAAUGUUCCAGGUUAUAACAGAGGAUCACCAAACUCCCACAACCAAACCAUACCAAGUCCAAGUCCCAAUCAAAAUGAAAAACAAGUACCCAACAAAGUAUCAGGCACCCCAAUCAAAUUCAUUCACUCAAUAAGCAACACAUGGUCUAUUGGAAAAAUAACAUAUUAUCGCCACAAGGUGAUAUUGAAGAACACAUCGCAGAAACCAGUAACAGAUGUUAAGCUGCUGAUUGAAAACCUGCAAGGGCCUUUAUGGGGUCUCUCUCCAACUCCAGAAAAAAACACCUAUGAGCUUCUUCAAUGGCAAAAGGUCUUGCAGCCUGCCUCAGAGUGCACUUUCGUUUACAUCCAAGGUGGCCCUCAAGCAAAGAUUUCCAUCCUAAGCUAUCAUUGACCAUCCAAAACAAUAUAAAAAGAGAGAAAAGAAACAGAGCCAA